GGCCGGGGAGCCCUGAUGAGAGGUGGACUAUGUAUGCAUUUUCAAAUGAUCUGAAUGCAUACUGAGUGUAUGCUACUAUUAUGUAAGACAGCACUGUGUGUACCACAUGUUUCUGAUGGGCAAUCUCGUGUGAUCCACAUCGAUCACUCUCUUCGCCUACAUAACCCUUAUUAUAUUCCUGCCUCAACCCCCCUCCAAGACUAGUAACGAGUUCAUUCUCCUCCUGUCUCUCUUCAUCUUUACAGUUUUCCAUUCUUGUUUUCCUUCCUUGUUGAUUCCUCCCUCCUCUCUCUCUCUCUCUUGACUCUCCCCUCCCCCCCUUUUCCCCUCCCCUCCUUUUUAAGAUCGAGCCUCUGUUGUGUAUCCCUCUUUCUUACUCACUCGCUCGCUCGCUCCACCAAGGAAGAAAGAAAGAAAAAAGAAGCCUGUUUCAGCAACCUGCCUCGCCCUCGGUUCACUAUUUUCUUUACACCCCAAGCAGUCAACAGUUCACGAUCAUUCUUGAUUACCAAAAAUAAAAUUCAAAAAACAAAACAAAACCAAAAAAAAUCAAAAAUACAUAUUAAACAGCAUUUAAAAAUAAUCUGUCCCUCACUUUGUUUGUUUGGUCUGGUGGAUUGUUGAGUCUGAUUGAUUGAUUUUUGAUUGUUUGUUUUUCUUCGUCUGUUCAUCCGUUUGUCACUGGGCUCUGGGUCGAUUGACUUCCGAUUGGUCAUUAACUUGACCAAGAACCACACAAUCAGCAUUCAAAAUACUCUUGACUCUCUCUCUCUCUCCUUUCCCCUUUCCCCUUUCCCCCCUUUCUCCCCUGAGCGAGCGGGCUACUAGCACCCUACGGACCUAUCGCACCGUCAUUCCUGCUGCAAAUAUUCGGUUAUCAACCUUGUUUUACAUAUUUAUUUACCUGCCAUCUCUCUCCGCUCGCUGCCUGCCAUCUUUCUCCCCCCCACACCUCUGGUCCGAUCUCUCCCAGCCCUUUUUUUGGACCGUAACUCUAGUGGUCCGGCGACCUCCCCCCCUCCUCCUCGCUCGGUUCGCAUCCAGAAAGUCCUAUAUAUAUAACUGGUCCUACAUCCCCCAGUCCACACUGCCUCCCCCACCCUCAGCAAGACCGCGUUACACACACACACUCAUAACUUCCUCACCCCUUCAUCGCAAUUACAUCAUCCCGAGCUACUCUUGAAACUUGUCUCAAGACACCCCCAGCAGCACAACUCGCUUUACUUUCUUCGAUCUUGUAUUAACUUCCUGAUCAUCUUUCUAGCCGAAGUCUACCGUGGGGUAGGUGUUGAAUGGACUUCAACCAACUGUGACCAGCAAGCAAAAACAAAAACUACCUAGGACAAGCCCAUUAUGGCUAUUAUGGACGAUGACGGUCCUUCAUUCACGAUCUAUCAAGAUCCCCCGGAUCUGCAGCCACCCCCAUCCAACGAACCCUCCCAAUCAUCCCCUACCCGUCCAGCACUCGCCGAGAUCAGACUACUCUCCUGGGCAAAUGAAGCUCAAUGCGAUAGUGCACUCAAGCAUGAAGUCUUUUUACCUCAACCAGAUUCUUCAUCAUCUCUACCCGAAACUACUCCGCCCUGCCCUGAAUCAGAAGAAUCUAAAGAAAAUCUCGACUCGAGACCAGUAGAUGCUCAAUCAUUCAAGACCCCACCUCGAAAGCUCAUCACGCCUGCUCACAUCCGCACUACGCCGAUCUACACAACCACUACUACUCCGACGACGACCCCCUCAAUCCUUCCACUUCGGAUAUAAUCCUCUACCUUUGAACCUCUACAUGGUCGCGACCCUUCCGUUGGAUCAUUCGCGCUCUCCAGUCCUUGCGAUUGAUGCGCUCGUGGCGCAAUGUCGUCACCAGCUGCUGCUUUCUUGCUUCCUAUCCUCAGCCAUUAUCCUCAGUAUCUAUUUUAACUAGCGUAUGUAUUAUCGAUCCGUUUAAUUGAAUGACACUCUUCUGUGAUCUUUCCUCGACCAGUUUUCUUUUUUUUUUCAAACCAGUUUCUACAAGAUGUGAUCCCUUGUUUAUUUGCGAUCUUAAGUUGUUGAUAACGCAUCUUUCUCUAGUUGACUUAUUUCCUCUUGAUUGAUUCUUUUUUUUUUAUAGCAAACUCUUGAAACUGUCUUGAAUACACUUCCGUCCUCCCACCCCCUCCUCUCCCCUUCGAUUUCUGUAGUCAAUUGCCCUUCCUUUUUCAUCAGUCUGUUUCUGUUGCCCUUCUUUUCGAAUUUUUUUUAUCCUCUUGAAACAGAGAAAGCCGUACUACAACUUAUCCUAUCUACCUCAAUAUAUACAAAACAACCCCCCUCAAGUCCAUUCGAUUAUCCUUCCUAGUACACAGGUCUUAUCUUAUCAUCUUACGACGACUUCUUAUGGUUAUGUCUUAAAUCCACUCAGAAUAAGUAAAUUAAAAUAUGCGGUACCAACUUCAAGAGAAUGAAUACCUUUUUUGAACU